ACGAUGAGCAUGGCGAUUAGGGCUUCUCUUCUUCUACUGCUAUUCCUUUCGCUCACGACUCUCACUGUUUCGCUCUACGAAGAUCAAGUCGGCCUCGUCGAUUGGCACCAGCAGUACAUAGGGAAAGUGAAGGACGCGGUGUUCCAUACUCAGAAGAGUGGGCGAAAGCGUGUUGUGGUGUCCACUGAAGAGAAUGUUAUAGCUUCACUUGAUCUCCGGCGUGGCGAGAUAUUUUGGAGACAUGUACUCGGGAGCAAUGAUGUUGUCGACGGGAUUGACAUAGCAAUGGGAAAAUAUGUCGUUACCCUCUCGUCAGAGGGAAGUAUUUUGAGAGCAUGGAACCUUCCUGAUGGUCAGAUGGUGUGGGAAUCUUUUAUAGAUGGCUCAGGGGCCUCAAAGUCGUUAUUGACUGUCCCGACAAAUUUGAUUGUCAACAAGGAGAAUGUGAUCCUUGUUUAUGGUAAAGGGUCACUACAUGCUGUUUCUGGCAUUGAUGGCACGCCUCUUUGGACAAAGGAUUUUGCAGCUGAAAGUCUAGAGGUCCAACAUAUUAUUCAACCUGUUGGAAGUGAUGCAAUCUAUGUACUAGGAUUUGUUGGUUCUUCCCAGUUUGAUGCAUAUCAGGUCAAUCCUGAGAAUGGAGAGAUACUGAAGCACAAUAGUGCAGCACUUUCUGGUGGAUAUUCCGGGGAAGCAAUACUGGCUUCAAGUAACAUUCUUGUGACAUUGGAUGCCUCCAGGUCAAAGUUGGUAGUUAUAAGCUUUCAAGAUGGAGAACUUAACUUGCAGGAGACAUCCAUAUCUGAUAUAUUGGGGGAUUCAUCUGGAACCCCAGUACUGUUAUCUUCAAAACUACCAGGAAUGUUUUCUGUAAAGGUUAAUGGAGGAGUGACACUCAUAAGGGUGACUGUUGAAGCCAGGUUGGAGGUUAUGGAUAAAAUAAAUAGCGUGGCAGCUAUUAGUGAUGCAAUUAUCCUUAACGAAGGUCAACAAGCCUUCGCACUAGUUCAACAUGGAGAUAGUAAGAUUCAUCUUACAGUGAAGCUUAGUCAUGAUCUGAGUGGUGAUUUGCUGAAGGAGACUAUAGUCAUGGAAAAGCAGAGGGGGAUGGUCCAUAAGGUUUUCAUAAACAGUUAUAUCCGGACAGACAGGUCCAAUGGAUUUAGGGCCUUGAUUGUCAUGGAGGAUCAUUCACUUUUGUUAUUACAACAAGGUGCCAUUGUCUGGAAUAGGGAGGAUGGUCUUGCUUCGAUUGUUGAUGUUCUCACAUCAGAAUUACCCGUGGAAAAGGAAGGUGUAUCUGUAGCAAAAGUUGAGGAAAACCUUUUUGAGUGGCUUAAGGGACACCUACUUAAGCUUAAGGGAACCUUAAUGCUUGCAAGUGCUGAUGAUGUUGCUGCUAUACAAGAGAGGAGGUUAAAAAGUUCUGAAAAGAGCAAACUGACUCGAGACCAUAAUGGUUUUCGGAAGCUGAUCAUAGUACUUACAAAAGCGGGAAAGCUCUUUGCCUUGCACACUGGAUAUGGACAAGUUGUCUGGUCUCUGUUACUGCCUAAUCUGCGUAAAUCUGAGUGUGAGUUUGCAACUGGUUUGAAUAUAUAUCAGUGGCAGUUACCCCAUCAUCAUGCAAUGGAUGAAAAUCCAUCUAUCCUCAUAGUAGGUCGAUGUGGACAAGGUUCUGAUGCACCAGGUGUUCUGUCUAUUGUUGAUGCAUAUACUGGCACUGAAGUUAAUUCAAUGGAUCUCAGACAUUCCAUUUCUCAAGUUAUUCCACUGCCAUUUACUGAUACCACAGAACAGCGACUUCAUCUUCUAAUAGAUGGAAACCAACAUGCAUAUUUAUACCCAAGAACAUCUGAGGCUAUUGAUAUUUUUCAACGCGAGUUUUCAAACAUAUACUGGUACUCAGUCGAGACUAAUAAUGGCAUCAUCAAAGGACAUGUCUUGAAGAGCAACUGCAUCCAGGAAGUUAUAGACAACUAUUGCUUUGAGUCCAGGGAUAUAUGGUCGAUCAUAUUCCCAACUGACUCAGAAAAGAUAAUUACAACAGUGACAAGAAAACCAAAUGAGGUGGUUCAUACUCAAGCAAAGGUUAUAGCUGCUGAAGACGAUUUGAUGUAUAAGUAUGUAUCUAAGAAUCUACUCUUUGUUGCAACUGUUGCACCUAAAGGCAGUGGUGCGAUUGGAACAGCCACUCCAGAGGAGUCAUGGUUGACUGUGUAUCUUAUCGAUACUGUAACUGGUCGUAUAUUGCACCGGAUGACCCAUCAUGGUGCACAGGGACCUGUCCACGCUGUUUUCAGUGAGAAUUGGGUUGUAUACCACUACUUUAAUCUUAGAGCACACAGAUAUGAGAUGUCAGUCAUAGAGAUAUAUGAUCAGUCCCGAGCGGACAAUAAGGAUGUUUGGAAGCUGAUUCUUGGGAAGCAUAAUCUCACUUCACCUAUUUCAUCAUAUUCCCGUCCAGAGGUUGUGACGAAAUCACAGUCUUACUUUUUCACGUAUUCGGUAAAAGCAAUAGACGUGACAUUGACAGCGAAGGGUAUUACUUCAAAGCAGCUUCUUAUCGGUACAAUUGGGGAUCAGGUUUUGGCACUUGACAAGCGAUUUUUAGAUCCCCGUCGAUCACUCAACCCCUCACAGGCUGAGAAAGAGGAAGGCAUUAUACCUCUAACAGAUUCAUUGCCAAUAAUUCCUCAGUCCUAUGUGACACAUGCUCUAAGAGUGGAAGGACUCCGAGGCAUAGUUACAGCACCUGCCAAGCUGGAGUCGACAACCCUCGUCUUUGUAUACGGAGUGGAUCUGUUUUUCACUCAACUCGCACCGUCAAGGACCUAUGAUUCGCUUACUGACGAUUUCAGCUAUGCAUUGCUUCUCAUCACCAUCGUUGUACUCAUUGCAGCAAUCUUUGUAACCUGGAUUUUAUCCGAGAAGAAAGAACUACGAGAGAAGUGGAGGUAACUUCCAGUUUAGUCAUUUUACUCUGACAAUUUUUCUUUUGCCCCUAGUUAAACCUAAUUUAGGAGGUCCCUCUCCUAACUUGUAAUUCUAGCAUGCCUUCCUUGAUAGGCAUUUUUUGUUGUAAAAUUCCAAAUAUUUAGCUGUAUGGACGAUUUGAAUUGUGUCUUCAUAUUGUAAAUUUGAAGUGCAAGAAAAUGGUCACACUCAUUCACGUCUUUUAGAUACUCAAUAGAAGUCGAACUAUACUAUUAUCCUUCAUUUUCUUUAGGAAUGAAAAUUUCCCAAUGGUGUAUGAGCUCCCAUUUCAAUUAUCACA